GCCGGGAUUAUAUAACUGCGAAGACUGUCGAUGUGGUUAGCUUUCAGGGUCGCACUUGCGAAGCACGUUAACUCACUAUUUUUGCACUUCCUCAUCCUGGGGCAACUACGGCACAUGGAGAAUGGGGAGAAGCUUCUUGUUACUGGUAGCGAUGGCCUCCACCCGUACCUGCAGCAUGCUGCUCAAGCCGAAGCUAUGGGCCGAAGAGGUGACCUUCUUUUGGCAACACUGUCACUUGUUGGCUCAGAAGCUUGCACAGCCCUUUACUGUUGUGGGCCCCCAAGUCCACAACAGUUCCAGAAGCUUGCUGGCCUGAGGUUGUACAGCUGGUGCCUGGCAGGGCUUCCGGACCGAAGUUUUUCCCUUCCAUGCAAGAAAGGGACCGAGAACCAGGUCUGGGCACGAAUUGUUUGGUGAAUGUUUUCUCGUUUGGCGGAACAGCGUUGUCAAGACUCCGGGCGCCCAGAGGCGGUGCUGAGACCGGUGAAGAAUCCGAAUUGCCAGAGGCGAGCCACGUGUGUUUUCGGGUCUUCCCUCUUCGCCAAUCUCAUGGGCCUGCCUGCAGCGAGUGCAUCUGACCCUUUGAUCCUGCCGCUUGAGUUUGAGAGAGGAGCCUUCCUUCUCACAUUUCAGGUGCAAGGCUCAACCUUCCGUGGCGUCGCAGAUACCGGCAGUCCUUUUCUACUGGUGGCAGCUUGUGUAGGUGCUCGUCGAGCGGCGGGUCGUUGCUCAGACUAUUGCUCUCGCUAUGGGUGCAGCCAACGGGACGUUGGAAGAUCAGCUGGCUUGGCAGACAAUAUCAUAAGUUUUGCUGGUGGCUAUGCCACGGCGGUGUGGCGUCAGGGAGAUGUACAGCUGGGUGGGUGUGUGUUGAGCCAUCGGACCUUGGGCGUGCUUGGUGAAACACAGAGUUUUGGCGGCAACGCCGGUGGCCCCAAUUUCGGCCUCAUCAAGUUGGCUGCCGAGGAUUCAGAGAUUCGACCCACCUUCCUCAGUCAAACACCUUACACCACCCUGGUCUUUGAUUUCAGGAACAUGUCGAAUCCCGUGCUAGAGCUGGCGGAGAAACUCUCACCAUGGGAGGGUGAACGGGCUGAAACGAUGCUUACUGACUUGAGAGACUUCGGUGCUGGCGUGCAGUACUAUGCGGUCGUGGUUGAAGAAUUGUUGGUUGAUCAUGUCAACAUUCUUGAGGCCAAGACAGUGGCAAUUCUGGAUACUGGGACAACCGGCCUUGUGUUGCCCAAAUCACUCUUCUUCUCAUUUGACGCGGUUCGGCGAGCCAGUGCUCAGGAGGUUGGCAUCAAGCGUGCUGGCAACGUAGAAGUUCGAUUUCCACCACUUCCAGGAAGUAGUGGGCCGAGUGUAUCGCUGCAGUUGCGCCGAGGACGCAUUCCUGACUUGGAUGCGGCUCUUGAUAUCGUCACUCCUUUAGCUGAGGAUGCUGGCAGCGUCUUUCUGAGGGCAGAGCUGCGGGAGAUGCAAGAAGAGAACCUAAGAAUUGAACGUCCAAGCGUUAUUUUUGUUGGUUUGGGAUUUUUCGCAGGGCUACGAAUGGGCAUUGACAUAGCAGCUGGCAAAGUGACCUUCGCCUAAAUCACAAAACACACCUUUGCGUUGAGGAGCGCAGCUGGAGUUUUGAGCACAGUCUUGGUUUCAGCGGUGCUGUUUUUUCUCCAAAUUCAGGACUCAUUUCAC